AAACAGCGUGGAAAGCCUGAGCUGACUGCCUGAGAGGCAAAAUGAACAUUCAAGAGUAUUUCGGAAGAAUAUCUUACAACAAGCCCCAUAAAGAUGCAGACUUGCAAACCUUAAAAGCCAUCUUCCAGCAUCACAUCCAGGCCAUUCCUUUUGAGAACCUCAGCAUGCAUUGUGGGGAGACCAUCGAACUGGAUUUAGAGCCUAUUUACAAUAAGAUCGUGCGAAAGAAACGUGGUGGAUGGUGCCUGGAAACCAACUACCUUUUAUUUUGGGCCUUGCAAGAAUUAGGGUAUGACAUCUGCAUUCUUGGUGCGAAUAGCUAUGACCCAGCAGAGAGGGCAUACACUGCUGAGAUGAACCAUAUCCUGCUGAAGGUGGUGAUCCAGGGAAAUUCCUACAUUGUGGAUGCCGGUUUUGGUGGUGCCUACCAGAUGUGGCAGCCACUGAGGCUGAUUUCUGGGAAGGAUCAACCCCAGGUGCCUGGAAUCUUCCGCUUCGUGGAAGACAAUGGCACCUGGUACUUUGAGAAGGUCAAAAGGAAGCAUUAUAUUCCUGAGCAAAGUGAGACUCCUUACUUCACUGACACUCCAGGAUUGGGGAACAUCAGAAAAAUACAUAGAUUCACUCUUGAGCCACGACAUAUAAAUGACUUUCAGGAGUUAAACACAUACCUACAAGUGUCUCCAGAUAACAUACUUCGGAAGAAAUCCCUCUGCAGUCUCCAGACCACUGAAGGGCUCAUUGGCUUAGUUGGAUGGACCUUGACUGAAAUGAAGUAUAAUUACACAGAGGACAUGGACCUGGUGCACAUCACAACUCUUACAGAUGAAGAGCUCGAGAAGACACUGAAAGAUAAAUUCAAUAUAGUACUGGAGAACAAACUUGUACCAGUAAAUGUUCAUGGCUUGCCACCUAAUUUAGUGGAUAAGAUCUAACUCUAGCACUGUGCUAGAUGGAUCUGUAAGUAUCCAACAGAAAAGUUCUAAAAUUAACAUUAAUUACAUUAAUUGAUUCUGAAGUUGAACUAGACACAAAGCUUGGUAAAUUCAAGUACCUUGCUAGUUAACUGCCUGUACCAUUUGCAUAAUUUUUCUUAAGCUUCUCCCACUUUGGAGACUAAGACAUCUUACUACCUCUGAUUUGCUCAUAUAGAAAUUGCUUUUUGACUCCUUAACAUUUUGUUCCACCUCUCUGGAACUCAUUUUAUUGCAGGUAUAUUUUGCGUCAAAGGAGACCAAAAUGAUGCAGAAGGAGAAGCUGUUACCAUUUUACACAGAAGACCUCUAACCCUCUUUGCUGUUAUUUCCAAUCUUCUCAGCAGAGUUUUACAAAUUAUUCACUUCCUUCAAAAGUCUGAAAGUUGAGCUGAAUUUGGCUUUCAAAGACUUACUAGAAAAAAAGAAAGGUUAAGAGUGUCUCAAAACAAGACACCAUUAGGUGCUGAUUAGCUUCUGAUGAGAUAAAUUGAAAGACUUGAUCCUAUUCUCUUACCAGGAAUUGACUUAAAGUGAGCUAUUUAUACAAGGGCACCUAAAACCCCCCAGAAGCUGUCUAAUUUUGAACAUCCCAUUUUUUCUGAGUCUGAUAUUUCUGUGUCUCUAAAUCUGAAGCAAAAUUCAUAGAAAGCAAGAUGAUUCAACAGUUCUCAAAAAUCAGGCUUUUGCUAUCAAACCUGGGGGGGGGGGGGAAAUCAAAGUUAGAUUACCCUUUGCAAAAUAUAAUCUAAACUUUUAGGACCAAACCUUCUUGUGAUGUCAAGAGGGCAUGACGGUAUUAUAGAUAGAAGAGCAUCGGUCUUCAGCCAAGGAAAAGACUUUGAUGCUUGUUUCAGUCAACCACACAAGACCCACGGAACACCUGAUGUGCCUAAAACUCGGGUGCUUUCCCAGAUGUAGCCUAAUGUGCUCUUUGCCUUCCCAAAAAGGACCUGCUCUGACAUUCCACCUCCAUCAAAUGAAGAGGGGACAUGCUUGACAGGGAGAGAAUUAAAUAAGCAGCACUGCAACUCUUUAAGGAUGCAGAAGGAGGAAAUGCAUUACUUUGUGCAAAUAAGUAUUUGUGAUGGUAUUUGUUAGGUGUGGCAGCUCCAAAAUAACUACCUGCUGCAGCUGAAAUUUGAACAGAUAAAAAGGGCAAAGAAGUGUCAUUUUGUGCAUCCAUGGAGCAUGGGAACACCCAGCCUGCAAUGCCUCAGCAAUUCAGUGGACCCACCAGGACACAGAUACCAUCCUCCACCACAAAGUGCUGGUUUGCAAAAUAACCAUAAUUUAAUUUUAAAAAGUUACAAAGCCGUUUGCAACUGCCCACUGUAAUUAUUUUACAUGGAAAACAAGUUCAUUCUGGUCUUAACCAGGGGAAGGCAUAAACAUCUACUAAUAGAGAAGAAACAAAGUUUAAUUUGCUCAUGGAUCAGUGAAGUCCAGAAAUGUGCAUUUGUUUUGGGUGGACUCUGCCCUUUCUUGGAAUUUAAGAUUCAGGAGCAAGGGCCAGCAGAGCUUAGAAAGACAACCCUCACAAUCUGUAUCCACUCCUGGCUUCACUGACUGUAACAAACCACCCAGAAACUGAAUACCACAAUAAAUAAAAAGUGAUCUCUUAAGAGGUGACAUGAACCUUGAAGAGUAUUUUGCAAGAACUGGCUAUAAAGGCUCCCUUGAAAAGCAAGAUUUGGAAACCUUAACUGAUAUAUUCCAGCACCACAUCCGCGCUGUUCCCUUCGAAAACCUCAGCAUCCACUGCGGCGAGAAAAUUACUUUGGAACUGGAGCAUGUUUACAACAAAAUCGUGCAGAGGAAGCGGGGGGGCUGGUGCAUGGAAAACAACCAGCUGCUGGGCUGGGUCCUGAAGCGCCUGGGAUACGACACCAGCUUCCUGGGAGCAUAUGUGUUCAACCCCCACCAAAACGCAUAUGCCACCAUCAUGACCCAUCUCCUGGUAAAGGUGGUCAUUGAUGGCAAAGCCUACAUCGUUGACGGAGGCUUUGGUGUAUCCUAUCAGAUGUGGCAGCCCAUGGAGCUUGUGUCGGGGAAAGACCAGCCCCAGGCUCCCGGCGUCUUCCGCUUCACGGAAAAAAACGCCGUGUGGUACCUUGAGAAAAUGAGACGGAAACAGUGUAUCCCCAACCAGAACUUCUCUAAUUCUGACCUGCUGGAGAAAAAAGAGUGUCGGAAGGUUUAUAUGUUCAGCCUUGAGCCACGGACAGUGGAAGAUUUCCGUUUCCAGUGCACGUACCUUCAGACCUCUCCAGAUUCCCUCUUUACAAAGAAGUCCAUCUGCACCCUCCAGACCACCGAUGGCUUCCGAGCGCUAAUUGGGUGGACGUUCACUGAGACCACGUACAACUACAAGGAAAACAUGGAUCUGGUGGAGUUUGUAACUCUUGAAGAUGAAGAGGUGGAAAAAACCCUCAAAGAGAAAUUCAACAUUACCCUAGAUAGAAAACUUGUCCCAAUUAAUGUUAAAGGAUCUUACACAAUCUAGAUGAUCAGGAAAACCUACAACAAUACUACGUAGGUACAGUACCUUCCACUGUCUGUGCAAUCCCUUCUGCAAGGUUAUGGGAUUCAUUUACAGGUGACUGAAAGACAAAUACAUUAAUAUGGGAUUAAAGCGAAUUUCACUUCGGGAAAAAUUAGGAAUUUAAGACUCUUGAGUCAGUCAGAUAGAAUUAUUUGCUGUGAGAUGGCUGCCGUUCAAUUUUUGGCACAAACGUAGGAUCUGAUUUGAAUCUGGUUAUAAGCUUGGGUAAGAAAUAUGUCUGGGGUAUAUUGGACUGCCUGUAGCACACAAAUAGGAGUAUGGAUUAUUGAUUGUGAUGUGCUGCCAACACAUUUUCUGUGGUUAUUAUAGGGAGACAAGUCAUCUGUGAGCAUUUAGACAGUGAAGUACACAUUUAAAACUUCAUUUUUCAUAGAUCCGACCCACUCACCACUCAUGUCAUUUCUCUACCUUUGUCAUCUUUGAAAGGAGCAUGGGGAGGCAUAAUUCUUUCGCCAUCAUCCUUAGACAAAACAUAGUACAAAAUGAAAAUUAUCAUCAUGUGCACCCUUUUGGCCAUUACUGCAGUAAACUAAACUACCAAAAAGUAAUUUUUGGUAUGUACAGAUUUUUCUAGUGAUGAAAAUUCUAUAUAUUGCAGUGUUAUUGUGGCUGAUGGGCUCUAAGGAGAUAACUACAAGCUUUGCUUCUGAUAAGUAAUCGUUCUAUAAACGGUGAUUAAACGUCACAGCUGGCUUAGAUUUACUUUUGUCCCAAAAGGGGUGGAAAUGUUGUAUUUUUAGCAUUGCAUUUUAUUUGUAUAACAAAGGUAGAACAAUGAAGCUAAGCCCACUAUAUCCUUAAUUCUCUACUCUCUGUGUAUAGCAAACAUGAGAGUCCAUGUAGCUGUCCUGCCUGGGAACUGCUUAGCACAGGAGCUUAAAUGUCACAAGGGAGUUUGCUCAUCUGUAUCAAAGUGAAAACAAAACCAGGAGCCAGCCAGAUCUAAAAGAAACUCUUUCUUUUGAAUUAUUUCACAAUCAGGUUUCCCCAUUUUUUAAAAAAUAUUGUUCCUCCUACCAUGCUUCUCUGCAAAAAGCCCAACCAAGGAAACUACUAAGAAAGGGGAAACAUUCUUAAAUACAUACAAAAAUAGCAGAAGCAGUGAAAACCACUCUUUUUCCCCAGUCUAUGAUAAACCUGAGUAUUGGUCAAAUGUUGAUUCCUCCCACUGAUAGUGUAUGUUUGCUCAAAGGCAUCACCUGAUCGUUAAUCUCACAAAUGCUGUUAAGUGUAUACCAGAAAAUAAAUAAAAGGAAAAUAAAAUCAUUAAGAGUUGUUUUAAGUACAGCUGCCCCCAGCUGCAUGACUCCUGCACACACCAUCUGCUAAGUGAGGUCUGUUCACUCCUGCUACCGACCUGCAACCCUUCCCAUCUCAAACUUCCUUGGAUCAUUAAGGUUGGAAAAGACCUUUACGAUCAUCAAGUCCAACCCUCAAACCCAGCACCAGGUUCACCAUUAAACCCUGAUCUCAAGUGCCACAUCCACAUGUUUCUUGAACUCUUCCAGGGAUGGUGACUCCACCACUUCCCUGGGCAGACUGUUCCAAUCCUUUACAACCGUGGUGGCAGCUGAUGGCCUGGGUGCACUUGAUGUUGCCCAGGGACGAGGAACUGAGGGCCAAGCAAGAGGUGACAGGGGACACAGAGAUCUUACUGAGGUGAGAACACAGCUUUUCUAUUAAUAAUGAAACUAUGGGAUUUGUUGGGUAAUUUGUAUUCAUAUUAUCCUCUUAUAUUAAGGUCCCAUUAAGGGGGUUUACCCUUUUCUAAAUGAUUGAUAAUAACAAGGUGUUCCCUGAGACCUCAGGGAACAUUACAAGCUUCAAAACACUCACCACCUUCAUUCUAACUGAUGGAAAUUCCCAUCUGCGCUCACCCAGGUAACCAAACCAUAUUUCUGUAUGCAGUGAACUACAGCUGUUUUCUGGUGCUGCUCCCUCUUGAGGACAGUCAUUAACAGAGUGGUUAUUUUGCCUCCCAGCUUCUCUAGAGGUGUUCCUGCUGUUGCUCCCAGAUAAUUGCUUGGGUUGUGAUAAUACAAAGGUUUCUUGAGCAGAGGUCUGUGGACUAAUAUCAACAUUUUUAACUGUGCCUCCAAUAAUGGGAUUCAACUCCUUCUACUGUUCAGUUCAUAUCAAAAAUCUAUAGUGACUGAAGCUUCAA